GCAGUGAAAACGUCAAAUGUGAAAAAAUGAAGGAAUUUUACUUGGGUUUUUUAUCAUAAAAUAAUGGGUGCUAAAGACUCCAAACCAUCCUGCAUCAGCUAUGAGGAUGCCAUAAAGCGCGUCUCGGACACGGAAUUGAGGCGGAUUAAGGAGGCGUUCAAGCGAUCUGCCGGCACGGGAAACACUUGCCUCAGCAAAAGUGCCUUCAUCCAGGAUGUCCUCUGCGAGGGCGUGCCGCUGCCCAUCGCUGAGUGCCUGUAUGCCGUGUGCGGCGGCACGCAGAAGGGCAUCAACUUCAAGGAGCUCAUCUGCGGACUCGUGCUGCUGGCCAAGGGCAGCCAGGAGGAGAAGAUCCGCUUCCUCUUCAACCUCUACUGCAACGAGUCCGGCACGCACGUCAUCAAGCACGACUUUAUCAGGGCGCUACAGACGGAAUUGCCCCAGCAAACCGUGAUCAACAACAACAACUGGGUCUCGCUGUUCGGCCAGACGGACAGGGUGACGUUUGAGCAGUUUAAAUCGUGGAUCACCAUCCACCGACAGGGCACAGUGCUGUCCAGAUGGCUCCUCGUGGAGCCCGUGGUGAAUUUGAGCUCGGAACUGGAGACACCGACCUUCUUCCAGAGCCUUGCCGGCGUCACUCACCUCGAGGAGCAGGACAUCCGGGAGCUGGAGAAGGUGUUCUGGCGUCUCAAAGGCUCUGCGGCCACGGGACAGCUGGACCUGGAGAGUGUGAGUCCUCUGCUCAGCCCACCGGUGCCCAAGAACGCUCUGGCCGGAGUGUUCAAUGCCUUCGAUGAGAACCGCGACGGACACAUCGACUUCAAGGAACUCUGUUGCGGCGUGAGUGCCGCCUGUCGCGGGCCCAGCGUGGAGAGGAGCAAGUUCUGCUUCAAAGUGUUCGACACGGAUCGCGACGGAAUUCUCAGCCAUGAAGAACUGAAGCAAAUGGUUGAUGUUCUGCUGUUUGUCGCUCAGGAGAGCAACAACUUCGCCUUCUUCAGGAAUAUGACGCACGACACUGUGAUGAAGGAGCUGGCUGAGCGUGCGGAGAAGAAGCAAUCGUUCGUCUUCACCCAGGAGGACUUCCUCAUGUGGAGCAUCGAGAGCUCGCUGAAUCUUGUGGCGCAAUUUCUGGAGCUUCUCUUCGAGGUGUGCCACAUUGUCUUCGGGCUGCGGCCGCAGUGUCGUCAUAUGGAGUAUGACAUCGUGAAGGGGUGGCUGUCGCGCGAGGUGAAGCGCGGCUACAAGAUUGGGCAGUUUUGGUAUCUCAUCUCGUCAGAGUGGUGGCAAAAUUGGCUGCAAUACACCCAGAAUGUGCCGCCAUCGUCGUGUUCGCACUGCAAAGUGAGUCGCAAUGGGAGUUCCGGUGCCGCUGCGGGUGGCUUUGACGAGGCUGUGGUGUGCGAUGAGAGCUUCACCAGCAAUUCCACCGAAUCCAUGGGCGAUCUCCUCACUGCUGCCGAUUCCACCAGUCUGGGCUCGUGCAGCAGUGGAAUCUCCUACGGAAGGACGGUGACUGUGGCGCCAGGAUCCAUCGACAAUCGCUCCCUCAUCGCGCCGACCAUUUACAAGAAUGUCCCAACACUCACGGGCGAAGGAGGGCGAUUGAAGAGGGAUUCCACCUUGGCUCAGCACCGUGACUUCGAACUGGUGCCCGAUUCGCUAUGGAAGGCGCUGGCUCUGUGGUAUCAAGGGCCAUUGCCGCUGCCGCGCCAAGUUAUCCAGCCGCCUGGAAAUCCGGAGGUGGAAGUGGAACUGUAUCCACUGAAUCUGCGCAUCUUGCGGCACCACUAUCCGCCGAAUCAGGGCGCGCAGCAGCAGCAGCAGAGCUCGCUGGGAUCCAAUGCGUGGGGCAUCGUGUCCGGAGGCUAUGGGGUGCUGAACACGCCGAGUGGCAUCACGGGGAAUGUCACGGCGGCGAGUCUGGCGUCGGGAAUGCAGCCGCCGAAGAAGUAUCUCGCUUACAUGGCGGCCUUCAGCAAGCUGGCCACGGUGAAGCAGGUGUGCGAGUUCCUGUGCCAGCGCCUGAAGCUGCGCCAGGAGGAUGUGCGCCUGUGGCAUGUGUUGGGCGGAAGUCAGUCGGGCAACAGCAUGGCCGAGAUGCCGUACUUGCUGGAGGAGGACAAGGCGACGCUGCAAGAGCUGAUGAUAAACGAUAACGAUCAACUGCUGCUGGAGUGUAGGAACAAGGAUCUCACAUGGCCUGAAGAACUGAGUGCUCUCAGCAUUUCUGGGGCGAGUGGCGGUGUUGUGAGUGUUGUUGGUCAGGAGAGACGAUCAACGGUGGCUUCUAUUCACUCGGUGCAUCCUGCUGGGGCGACAGGACUCCACAAUCUGGGCAAUACGUGCUUCAUGAAUGCCGCGCUGCAAGUUAUGUUCAAUACGCAGCCGUUGGCGAGGUAUUUCCAGCAGGAUAUGCACCUCUAUGAGCUGAAUACGGCCAAUAAGUUGGGCACGAAGGGCCAAUUGGCCAUGAGAUACUCGGAAUUGCUCAAAGAAGUUUGGACAGCGUCGACGAGAUCCAUUGCGCCGCUCAAAUUGAGGUUUUGCGUGACGAAGAAUGCUCCGCAGUUUGCUGGCGGUGGUCAGCAUGAUUCGCAGGAGUUUCUCGAGUGGCUUCUGGAUGCUCUGCAUGAGGAUUUGAAUCGUGUGAUGGAGAAAUCCUACUCGGAGCUCAAGGAUUCCGAUGGGAGGGCGGACAAUGUGGUGGCGGCUGAGGCCUGGUUGCAGCACAAUGCCCGGAAUCAGAGUAUUGUCAUUGAUCUCUUCUACGGUCAGCUCAAGUCAAAGGUGACGUGCUUGGGCUGUGGCAAGGACUCAGUCCGCUUUGAUCCAUUCAGUCUGCUCAGUCUCCCACUGCCGGUGGAAAACUACACGUAUUGUGAAGUUCUAGUGAUUUUCCUUGAUGGUUCUGUGCCAAUAAAGUACGGAUUGCGCCUGAAUUCUGAUGCCAAAUAUGUAGAAUUGAAGAUGGAAUUGUCGCACAUCUGCAAUCUCGAUCCGGACUUGAUGCUCUGCUGCGAAAUACUCGAGUCUCAGGUCAGGACAAUUCUCAUGGAUGAUCAGAAAGUGAAGGCGAGCACAGCGACAGAGCUUUAUGUGUACGAACUGCCAAAGAUGGGUGGAAAUGAGCGAUCAUUGUGCAAUUCUGAACUUGGACUGAGCAUUGAGAAGGGAUUGAAGGAUAUUCAGAGACAUCAAGGACUACUCACUUCUGCCGAUACGUAUCAAUCGACUAUUUCUUCAACUGUGUCAUCGAUAACGACAUCCUCCGAGGAUACAGCUUCGGGACAACCCUUAACCGGCGGUUCUACAGCCUCUGGAGACAAUGCCACAGCCGAGGAAGGCGCUUCAGCGCAGCCACAAGCCAUCGCGAGGAAGACAUCAGCGGAUGUUGAGAGGAAAUCAUCGAAGGUAAGCCGGUGCUUAGGAAACACCCUCUGCAUGCCACAGACUCUGUUAUGCUUCAAGCAAAUGGACAUGGGCACGAGUCCGGAUGCCUUCGUGACGCCAAACUAUGUGCCGAACAAGACUAUUUCCACCACGAAUUUGCUGACGGAAAGGAGUGGUGGCGAUCAGGCAGUGCCGCAGAAGGAUAACGACUCAGAUGCGAGCGAUGGGUGUGAUCGGUGUGUGGGUCCUUUUGAGGGGCACGCGGGCAGCUGUCCGCCGAACGGUCUUCGUCGGAUGACAAGGCAGAAGGCAUCGCGAUACUUGGUGGCUGUUCACCGGCAGCUCAGUCGUCAGGAUACCUAUUUUCUGUCUUAUCAUAAGACAAAGCCACACCUGUUCGGGACACCAUUGCUCAUUCCCUGCCACGAGGGCAGCACCAAUAAGGAUCUGUACUGCGCUGUGUGGCUUCAGGUGGCACGAUUGCUCAGCCCAUUGCCGCCGACGCCACCGGAUCGUGCUAAUCAUGCCACAGAUUGUGACGACAGCCUGGGCUAUGAAUUCCCCUUUACACUGAGAGCGGUGACGAGUGGCGGCCGAAUAUGCGCCCUGUGCCCUUGGUUCCGCUUCUGCCGCGGCUGCGAAAUUGCGUGCAAUAAUGACUCCUUGAUAUCCGGCCUGAUGGCAACUCAAAACACUCAGAUGUCCAGCACUGCGUCCACGCCGAUUAUGUCACAUCGGGAUCAGGCGCCGCGUUCGAGCAUCCACAGGAGGACGCAGAGUGAGAUUGGCGUGCCCGGAGAGCCGCUGACGCCGAUUGACCUCAGUGUGAUCAGUAUAGCCAUCGAUUGGGAUCCAACGGCGCUGCACUUGCGCUAUCAGAGUACACGUGAGAAGGUGUGGACGGAGCACGAGAGCGUGGCGAUGUGCAGACGCCAGCAGACGGAGCCUGUGGAUCUCAAUCACUGCCUGAGGGCAUUCACGAGCGAGGAGAAGCUAGAGCAGUGGUACUACUGCGGUCACUGCAAGGGGAAGCAGCCGGCCACGAAGAAGUUGCAAAUAUGGAGAUUGCCGCCGAUUCUAAUUAUUCACUUGAAGAGGUUCAAUUUCGUGAACAACAAGUGGGUGAAGUCACAGAAAGUCGUCAACUUUCCCUAUGACAACUUCGAUCCCACGCCCUAUCUUGCAUCUGUGCCUCAGGAGACGAUCCUGCGACACCGCGAGCUGUUCAGCACGGCGACGGAGGAGCGGAUCGAUGAGAAUUGCGUGUUCAGUCCGUCAAGUGGUGCUAGGAUGAGUGCUGACGAGAGGAGAUCGUGCUUGGAGAAUGGAACUGAGUGUGGAGCAGCGGGAAAGCAGGAGCGACGGAAGCGGCUGAUAUCGGGGAGUUUGACGAAGACUCCUGUCAAUGAUGAGGAUCUGGUGGAUUUCCACAAGCACAAGCUCAAGUGUGGUCAAGAUGCGCUCGAUCUCAAGUAUCAAUUGUACGCUGUUGUGUCACAUUCCGGGAUGCUGAAUGGGGGCCACUAUAUUUCCUAUGCCGCCAAUCCGAAUGGAUCGUGGUUCUGCUACAACGACAGUUCGUGCCGCGAGAUCCCGCAUCGGCCGCAAAUCGAUCCGAGUUCCGCCUAUUUGCUGUUCUACGAGCGCAAAGAGCUCGACUAUGCGCCGUAUUUGCCCAAAGUGUCGGGGCGCUCCAUUGUGAAUGGCGCUCUGGACGUUGAUGAUGAGAGUGAACUGCGAAAGAUGUGCACGAUCGCUUAGGAUAUAGAUUUAUAUACGAGCAAGCUAUAAGGAAACACCAUUCUGACGAUGAUGAAUUAUCAUUUAAAAACUACUUUGUUAUAUUUCCAUACGCUGUGUAAAUAUCAACAUUUACUAUAUGAUAGCUAUUACUGGAGUUGAGGAGGUGUAAUAUUCGUUACAUGUAUCUUUUUCUUCAUAUACUUUUUAAGGGCGAAUUAUCCAUUAUGCGAUAUUGUUUGUUGAGUUGAAUGGAUACUAUAAAAAGUCUUUUUUGUUGAGUAAUUUCUAGUGAAAAAAAUCAUGUCAUACGCUAAUAUCCCCACAUAUGCAUAUACAUUUUAUUUGUUUACAGAAAGUGAGGAGAUAUUGUGAGAAAACAGCAUUCCUAACGAUGAAAAUGCAUGGAAAAUUAAAAGUUCUGUGGAAAAAAUG